UAUUUUGGUUUUCUGGUUGUUUUGUGGUGCUUCUUAAGUUAUGGAUGAGGCACUUAUCAAAAAGGAGUGCCUCCAUCCGGGGAAUGCCUUUGUCCAGAUGACACCAGGAACCAGGGUGAACUUCCACUAUCAGACGAAGAGAUGUUCAGAUGGAAAAGUCCUGGACGACAGUCGAAAGGACAAGAAACCUAUGGAAUUGGUACUUGGGAAGCAAUUUAAAUUGGAAGUAUGGGAAGUGAUUGUCCAGAAGAUGGCUGUCAAUGAAGUGGCCAAGUUCACAGUUGACAAGAGCCUGGUGCCUCAGUAUCCCUUUAUUGCCAAGACAAUCCGGGAUGCCAGGCAACCGGCUGAGAAAAGGAAGCAUUGCUGCGGAAUGACAUUGCAAAAUGAAGGCCUUGGCUAUGAGGAUCUCGAUGAAUUGUUCAAGAAUCCCUGUGAUUUGGAAUUUACUUUUGAGUUGCUCUCUGUUGAGCUUCCGGAAAACUAUGAAAAGGAAUCCUGGCAACUCAGUGAAGAUGAAAAGGUGAAGAGUGUUGCAGUGUUAAGAGAAAAAGGCAAUCAACAUUUCAAGGAUGGCAAUCUGGAUCAGGCUAUGAGCUCAUAUACUCAAGCUCUGGGAAUGCUUGAGCAGCUGAUGCUCCGUGAGAAGCCUGAAGAUGAGGAAUGGAUGGAGCUAUUUGGCAUGAAAAAGCCUCUACUUCUAAAUUAUUCUCAGUGCAAACUGACUGCUAAGGAUUUCUAUUCGGCAAUUGAACACUGCACAGAAGUGCUAAAAUACGAUCCGGACAAUGUCAAGGCACUCUACAGGAGAGCCAAGGGUCAUCUGGGAGCGUGGAAUUUGGACAAGGCUAAAGAGGAUUUCAAGAGAGCCGCUGAACUGGAUCCAAGUCUCAAAGCAGCAGUCACCAAAGAACUAAAGCACAUUGAUGAACUUCAAAAGUCCAAGGAUGAUGCAGAUAAAGAACGAUAUAAGAAUUUAUUUCACUGACACCAAUCUUAGAGAUUUUUUUUCUCAGUGUAUUAAAUCGUUUUGUGAAGGGAGCACUAGUCAUAGAAAAAUCUAUUUAAUGUAAGUAAACAAAUUGGCAAAAUUUAAUAAAUUUAUUGUGCGAAAAUUAAAAA